CAUUCUCACCGCCUAGAAAACCUUUCUCCCCCAAUCCCAUUUCAGUGGCACUGUCCUCUUCCUCAAAAGCCUUCCGUUUCCGCCUAUUAGCGUUCUUCUCUUUCUCUCUCCCUCGCUUCCCCAGUUUAACUAUCUCCAUAAUUUACUCCUACUACUACUACUGCAACAAAUUCUCUCUUUCUCUCUGUUGAUUUCGCGCCUAUAAAAGCCACACUCAAUGGCUGGGAUUUGCUGUAGAGUUGUUGGAGAAGGUGACACCCCUACUCCUCUUGAACCAACAUCUCGUCCUUCCACCCGCAGAGCCAUGGAUAUCGUUCCCUUGAAGUACAUCGCUGACAUGGCCGUCUCCGACUCUUCCCGGAAGCGUCCCAAGCUCGAUCUUAACGACGCUGAUACUCAGCUUCAAACUGACCAGGAAUCCUCCGGAACCGAGGUUAUGAAGAAGGAUUCCAUGGAGAACGAAGAAGACGAUGACGCUUCCGACACUAAAUCCGGAACAGACGAUGAAUCCUCCGAAGAUGAAGAGUGUCCCAAGUAUGGCGUCACCUCUGUCUGCGGCAGGAGGAGGGACAUGGAGGACUCUGUUUCCCUGCGCCCUUUCUUCUCGCCGGAAGGCUUCCACUACUUCGGCGUUUUUGACGGUCAUGGUUGCUCUCAUGUUGCCACUAUGUGCAAGGAGCGGCUACACGAGAUUCUGAACGAAGAGAUUAACGAGGGGGAUGACACUUUGCACUGGAGAGCAUUGAUGGAGAGCGGUUUCGCUCGCAUGGAUGAAGAGGUGUUCCGCCGGAGUCAGGCCAGCCAGACUUUCAACUGUAGGUGCGAGCUCCAGACUCCGCACUGCGACGCAGUUGGAUCCACUGCUGUCAUCGCCAUCCUCACCCGGAACAAAAUUGUCGUCUCCAACUGCGGCGACUCCCGUGCCGUCCUCUGCCGUAGCGGAGUUGCCAUUCCUCUCUCUUCAGAUCACAAGCCGGACCGUCCUGACGAAUUGCUUCGAGUGGAAUCCAAGGGAGGGCGUGUGAUUUACUGGGACGGCCCAAGAGUGCUGGGUGUGUUGGCCAUGUCUCGAGCCAUAGGAGACUACUAUCUGAAGCCGUUCGUGAUUUCGGUGCCCGAGGUGACUGUGACGGAUCGAAGUGAUGACGACGAGUGUUUGAUACUGGCAAGUGAUGGACUGUGGGAUGUGGUGUCAAACGAAACUGCUUGUGGGGUGGUGAAGAUGUGCCUGAAGUCGCAGACACCUCCAACGCCUCCAGGGUCUCCGGGUGGUUAUGUGACGGCGGACGGCUCCGACCGUGCUUGCUCGGAUGCUUCAAUUCUGUUGACUAAGCUGGCUUUGGCAAGGCACAGUGCCGAUAAUGUGAGUGUGGUGGUCCUUGAUUUGAGGAAGGAGCAAGAACAAACUCCCACUUCCAGCGUAAACGAAUGAAUGCAACAAGAAUGGAUGAACGAGUGCCUCUCUAGAGCAGCAUAAUGGGCACUUCCACUGCACUGCACACCCUCUGUUUCCAGACAGACAAUCUCCGAGGUCUGCCUUUUGCUGAAUAAUAAUGUUGUUUCUUUUCUUUUUUUUUCUUUCCAAGUGUAAUGUUUUUUAGAUUUCAGAAAAAGGAAAAAGGAGGAGGAAAAUUGUAACUUUCGAAAAUGAAACAAAAUCAUAGGGAAAUUUCGUUGUAGGGGAAAUUCGUGUCGACUAAGGAUUCAAUGAACCCGUCGGCACCUUUUCUUUUGUCCAUAGACUCUAUAAAUUGAAUUUUCCUUUGGUUCUUGCGUCAU